UCUCAGUGUGUAGACAGGAGGAGAUAAGGGGCUGGCAAAAUCCACUAACCUCAGUGAGAGACAGGCUCAGCACACCGAUCACUGUACAGAGAGAAGUGACCUGACUGAUACAGAGAGGACACAUUAUGGAAUCCAACAGUCCCAGGAAGAUCCAAUUCACUGUCCCAUUCUUGGAGCCACAUCUGGAUCCAGAGGCAGCAGAGCAGAUUCGUAGACGGAGACCAACUCCUGCCACUCUCGUCCUAAGCAGUGACCAGUCAUCUCCAGAGAUAGAUGAGGAUCGGAUGCCAAACCCUUUGCAAAAGUCUACAUUGUCUAUGUCCCCACAUCAGAGGAAAAAGGUAUCCCGUACAACACCCACCAUGAAAGAACUACAGCUAUUAGCUGAGCAUCACCUAUGCAAACAAGCAUCAGAGGAAGAGGGGAAUCUGCAACGCCAAAAUAGCUUGGAUGACAGGCCUAAUCUUGGCUGCUGUUGUCAUGGUAAUGCAGCUUCAACUGAUGCUUCUCAGCAACAAAGCUCCUGUAACUGUUUUACUCACGAUGGACAAGAAAACAAAAAUUCACUAGGAAGGAGUCAAGACUGUCAAGCAGAUAUUUCAGAAGGAAAUAUAUCUGGUGGAUCUGUCCAAAAAGGAGAGGAAACAGAGAAAAGGGAUACAAGUAAACAUAGCAACCAUAUAGAACACCCUUAAAGAUGUACUGGGAGGAAAACUGAGUGCAACUGGAGCCAAAAAUCUAUUCAUCCCCCCCACAGAGGGGAGAACGUAGCAAGUGAUGGAUCCACGGAGCCCUCAUUUCAGAUAUCUUUUUUUUUUUCAUCAUCGUCUCUCUGCUGCUGGAGAGGAACCCUGGGUGCGGAUUGAGUUUGGAGCAAUAAUUUACAGGUCCCUCUAGAAGCAAAGACGUUAAUGAAAAUACUGCUUUGUUGUUUUAUGUCUGUUUUUUCUUACUCUAGUGGCAGGGAAAAGCCGUUUAUCUUUGUUUGGUUGUUUUUGUUUUUUUUUAAUGCGGAAACUGCAAAAGCAUUUUGAUUGAUGACCUCAAUCAAGAAAAAAAAAAAAACCUCUUGCUAUGUGUUUGGGUUUUGUUCAGGUGUUAAACGAUUUUUCUUGAUUGCGGGUUGUAAAAUAUGUUCAGAUACAAACCCAAAGAAUCAUCUACUGGGUCUCUGAUUCUUCUGAUAACUGCCUUUAAUUGAAAACAAAAAAAAAAGUUCUGCACUGCAUGUUGUUAAACAAUCACAAUUUUAUUACAUAAAUGAAUCAAAAAGCAGUCUUUCUAUUCAAUUUAAUGUGUGUGAGCUGCUUAUUGGAAAGUGGAGAGAGAUACCAGCGAAGGUUCUACGGUAGCUGCGGAAUUGGUGUUGAGGUCUCAACCAGAAAGGUCACUUGUCUUAAAAACAGGGAACCCUUUUAUAUUGGUCUCCUUGUAUUAUCAUGAAUGAAAGGUAUAAUCAAACCAUUUGGCAUUACUAACUCUAUAAAAUAUUUAGUGCCUUUGCCAACAUUAUUGUGAUGACAGCAAUUGCAAUUUCAAGCUGUGCAAGAAGAAAAUUCACAAAUGAUGACUGCUGGAAAACCAUAGCUUUCAUGCAUUCUAUGCCGCAGGUAUUUUGAUUGCUAUUAACAGCUAAAUUAUAAAAACCAGGGAACCCUUUGGUGGUAACAAUGCUUGUUUUGUAAUUUUUGCAAGUGUUCCGUAAAAAGUGAUGUAAUUAAUGUCAAUACUCAUACAACUUAACAGGAAUUAUCAGAGCUGGAAUACCUGAUUCAUUAUAUACAUUCUAACCAGAAUAAAUAUUGCAUAUUUUGUGAAAGCUA